GAGAGAGAGAGAGAGAGAGAGAGAGAGACGGCCGCUGGUCAACAACAAUCGACGGUGACGGGAUUUGUAAAAAACGGGGGAGAUAUAGCUCGCUGUGCUUCCUUUUUUUUUUUUGCAAAGAGUUGGGAGGGAGAUCACGAUUAAAUAAAGGCUUAUAUUUCCUUGGGACGAAGGGCUCUUCAUCAACCAAGUCUGAAGAAGUCGGUCUUCUUGGAGCAUCUCGCGUCGAGGUGAGUUGAUGUUCAGCUCGGCUCCACGGGAAAACAACGCUCAGUGGCACAUGCAAACUUCAGACCCAGCUGGACACACACGUACAGCGAGGAGUAGACAGAGGACUACUUCGAGGACCUGGGGCCCGGUUGGAGGUGAACGAUUGAAGAGAGAUCUCUGGUGCAUCAACUUUCUGACAACAAAGAGGUGACACGUAGUGCAGAAGCAGUAUGGGAGGCGGAGAGAGAUACAACAUUCCAGUUUCCCACCCCGAGCGCCCUUUGCCCAAGAAGAACCAUCAACUUGGCCGGGCUAAGCAGAGGAGCCGUGACCAGAACGGAGCAGCAGCAGCAUCUGCCGGAGGGGCCGGCGGCCUUCACCACCAUGGCCACCGCCGGGGCGACAAAGGCGUAGCCUACCACAGGUCUCCAGAGACGCGGCAGGCCGCGUCUGCAGAGAAAGGCGUUUCAGUCCGCUUUGCCACCAACUACGAUCACAACUGGGAGGGUGCGGUGUCUCACCUGAACACGCUCCUGGCCACACAGGGGAGUCCGAGCUACGCGGGGCCCAAGUUCAGCGAGCCGCCCUCACCAAGCGUGUUGCCUAAGCCCCCCAGCCACUGGGUGUCCUUCCCAAUGGGCUCCUGUGACAACCGGGAGAUGAUGGCCUUCCAGCUCAAAAGCCUGCUCAAAGUGCAGGCCUGAGAGGGGUACCCACACCUGAUCGAAAAGCCCAUGUAUGAACUUGGACUCUCUUGAGAGCACCUACCCACCAGGAACACCUCACUGCUGUAAUACUUUUAGCUGUUUUUAAGAUUGACCUCCGUGUUAGGCGUUUGCAGCAAUGUUUGCUGUGGAUGUUGAUUCAACACAAAAUUUUUAAGCCCACGUUUCUAGAUAUUACAGCCUUGGAGCCUUGCUGGUCGGUAAGGCCUUCUAGUGGAGUCGGUUUCUGUGACUUAUGACAAACUGGAUAUCCCUUCUACUUUUGUCUUUGUUUUGUUCUUUUUAAUGUUGGCUAUCAAAAGCAGUUUGAGUGUGCUGCGUCCCCCCCAAACAACGGUUAUAGUAUAGGUCAGGUAAACUCCCAUCACUUUUACAGUCCAUUUCUGUGGACAGACAUGCUUUUUCAUUUACAUAAGUUUUAUGAUGAGCCUUUAGGGUGACUUCUAAAGCUUCAGGUGCUAAAGCAAACUCACAUUUGUAGCAUUUUUUUGACUAGGGCCCACCUUUUUUCUUUUAUGUAUAACAAUCCUUGUUUGGGAUGGAAAGGACACUCAAACUGCAAUUCUGCAGGGAAAAAAAGCUUUCUUACUGGAGGUAAUAGACUGUAUAGUACAGGUCAUAAGUAUAACCUCAACCUGAAGGGUAAUAAGAGACCAUGGCACACAGGCCUCGGACUGUCGACUCCUGUACCUUUUUUAUUGCGCUGUGCGCAAAUGCACUAUAGGAGUUGAUCGUGUCUGAGGCCCUUAACACUCUAUCAUAGCAUUAUUUUGUACAAGUCCUUUUAUUGUUAUGGUUGAAAGAUAUAAGAAGAGCUGUUUGUAACCAAAGCAAUGUUUUUGCUGUAUUUGUUUUUUCCUUCUCUUUUUUUUUGGACAUCCUCUAUGUGGUGGGCAUUGUUGCCGUUGCCACUUAAACCUUUCCAGCCCGUGUGGUGAAUGAGUGAGAGUCCCCCAAGGUCACUUCUAACUGGUUCAAUCAGCACUGUUAUAGCUCUUCCGUCUUGGCCUUUUCAGUAGAGUGCUGCAGCUUUAACAUGCGGAAGAGGGCCAGGCUUAGUUGUGGUGCCGUUGAGUAUCACUUCCUAAGUCAUGUGACAUGGUCCUGUUGGCUGCACGCACUCGUAAGCAAGGUAAAGCCAAGCGGAGGAAGGUUUUCUGAAGUGAAGUGGCCUGGAGGACUCAACAUCAGGCAGGAGGUUGGUGUUUAUGUUUACAAAAUAGGUUUCAGAAGUUGACCAUCCCAUAAUCGACAGACACUCUCUGCCUCUUGUUUACCCUCUUGCACUGCAAUCAGACUAGUUUUUUUUGAUAAGUUACAGGCCAGGAUGCUAUUGAAAUGAUGGAGGCGUAAUUGACUAUCCCUAUGGAAUCUCUAUUUUUGUGACUCAAUCCUCUAUUGAGGCUCUUUUUGCUUUCCCCUUGCAGAAUUGGAGCCGUUUAUUGCCAGCCUAAAGAUGACAAAACAAAGUAUGAGAGCUUGUUAAAUGUGUUUUGAGAGCCAUGUAAAUAAUGAAAUGUAUAAAGUACUUGUAGCAUAUGUACAUUUGCAGGCCUAGUUUGAGGCCUGUUGGACAAAAGUAUUUUUAGUAAUAACACUGAAUGUAUAAGACAUGCUAAGGACAUGUCUUGACUUCAAUGUCUUGACUUCAAUACUGAAGAAUAUUUUUGUUAAAAAAAAAAAAGCUGCAAAUAGCAUUUCUCAGAACCCCUG